AUGUAUGGCAGAACAGGUCUUGAACGUUUCAAAAAGGCACAAACCUUACAACCCUUUUCUGUAGCAAAUUCAACACAUAUACCAACAACUACAAAAUUACAUUCCCAUUCUGAUCUUCCCAAUCACCAAACCCAGUACCAAAAUCACCAACAAGUUUCUCAAAAACCUGCAAACAAUGAUGCAGAGCAGAUUUCCACCACUCCACAGCACGUAACACAAGUUGGAGGUGGACAGUCCACCUGGCAGCCUCCCGAUUGGGCUAUUGAACCUCGCCCUGGUGUUUACUACCUUGAUGUUUUAAAAGAUGGUGAAGUUCUUGACAGGAUAAAUCUUGAUAAAAGAAGACACAUUUUUGGGAGACAGCUUCACACAUGUGAUUUUGUUCUUGAUCAUCAAUCAGUCUCCCGCCAACAUGCUGCUGUUGUCCCUCAUAAAAAUGGAAGUGUGUAUGUAAUUGAUCUAGGAUCUGCACAUGGCACAUUUGUUGCAAAUGAACGAUUGACAAAAGAAUCUCCUGUUGAACUCGAAGUGGGACAAUCUUUACGCUUUGCUGCUUCAACUAGGGUUUAUAUAUUGAAAAAAGACAACAAAGCCCUUUUCCCUCCUCCAUUACCAACAGAAGUUACCCUCCCCCCACCCCCUGAUCCUUCCGAUGAAGAAGCUGUAUUAGCUUACAACACAUUUGUAAACCGUUACAACCUGUCUAAAUCUGAAGUAGUAUCUACAUCUGUCAAACAAGAAACAGAAACAGAAAGACCUGUCAAGAGAACCAAAAGGGCAAAAGUGUCAUUUAGAGAUCAAGUUGGGGGUGAGCUUGUUGAAGUUGUGGGUGUGUCUGAUGGUGUACAUGUAGAAACAGAGCCAGGUCCAAUGGGUGUGAAAGAAGGUAGCAGUCUUGUUGGGAAGUAUGAAUCGCUUGUACAAACAACAAUAAUACCUAAAGGGAAGGAAUCUUUAUCCAUAAAAGAAGUUAGUGUUAAUGUUUCCUCAAAAGGUGUUACUGAUAAAUUACAAGAAGUCUUGAAUAAAGUUAAAGCUCCUUCAAAAGGUGGAAUUUAUGAUGAUCUUUAUGGAGAAUCACUCUCUAGCAAAGUGGGUUCUUCCUGGGCAUAUUCUUCUGGAAUCAAAGAUGAUGAAAAUAAGGCUCCUGCUCCCGGUGCUGUAACUGUAAAGGGUAAUAUUGGAAAUGAUGAUAGUGAUGAUGAUCUGUUCGGAUAUGUUGAGUUCUAUUUACUCACCGAGACUGGAGGUGGGCGGUUCACACUCGGAGUGAUAAAUGUGAACUUAGGAAUCCGGGGGUCCAGAGGCGCUGCCUCUUGGUGGUACAGGUUUCCAAGGGGCAGCGACCCUUACGGUCCAAGUGCAGAGCCCCUAGAGUUGGUUGUGAUUGGUGAUGCAAGAAUCGGUCCUAUAACCACCAUUGUAACCACCCAUUUUGACGACAUUUUGUAUAUAACCAACUUCCAAUCGCCAUCUUCCUCUUAUAAAUGGAGGAUGGAUAUUCCAUGGAAAGGGUUAACACUUUUGAUACCCAAAAUUGAUUAUGUGAACCUAUUUAUCCCUUAA